AAAAUGAUGUGCGCUUUGCUCAAGAUCAAACUAAUAUAAAUUUGCUAAACAUUUAUGAUAAUCCAUUCAUAGAAUGGUCCGCAAACUUUACUCAAGGUUAUGAAGAUCAAACUAAUAAUAGUUUACCUACAGAAUGGUCUAUGGACUUGACUCAAGAUUUAACUAAUACAAGUUUACCAAAUAUUUAUAAAAAUCCAUCAAUAGAAUGGUCCGCAGGUUUUAGCCAGGAUCAAACUAAUAAUAAUCUACCUAUAGAAUGGUCCGCAGGUUUUAGCCAGGAUCAAACUAAUAAUAAUCUACCUAUAGAAUGGUCCACAGAGUUUACGAAUAACAUUCCGUUUAUGGAAUGGAAUGCUGUUUUUACACAAUAUCAAGCUAACGCAAGUUCACUAAACAUUUACAAUAAUUCGAUUAUAGAAUCGUCCACGGGCAUAAGUCAAAAAGAUCAAACUAAUACAACUUUGCCAAACAUUUAUGGUUCAGGAAUUACUCAACCUUGUGAUGAACAAAUUAACACAUUACAGCAACAAUUUAAUGUAAAAUCAGUCAAAGAAAAUGAACAUCCAGUUUCACUUAUUCCCGCCAACGUUCCACAAGAUUUAGUUAUUUUAAUGAAAUCAUGCUGGCAUUCAGAUCCAAGACAAAGACUGCGUGAUGGUUAUUGUGAUGGUUAUUGGAACCUUAACAGACUUAUUGAAAGAGCAGAAAGAGGAGAAAUAAAGUUUCCGGAAAAUAAAGAUACAAGUUAUGUACCAACCAAAAUAAAUGAUCAAGCAAUAUAUUCUAGUCGAUCAUUAAAUCUAUUAAUUAGUAAAGCAUUAACUUUACAAAGUAUGAAAUUAAGUAACAAUACAAUUACAG